CUAAAUCCGGCGAAAAAACUCAAACCCUCUUUUUCUUGCUGUUUGAUUUUCACCAACACAGAUGGCCACGCCUCAGGAGCGAAGUUCUUUUCCUCUGCAGAGCUUAGUGGUCAAAAUCUUUCAAAGGAGCAAGCUGGUAGUGGAGAUUCUGGCGACAUUCCGGCGUUAUUUCGGUUCACAGGUCGAUCCGAAGUGCAGAUACGGACUGAAGGACAUCUGGUUUGGUGCAAUUACAUUUGGUGCCGUCCCCAGCAACCUUCCACCUCAUCCCCCGCCCCCAAUCCCGAAUACACUCCCUCAUGUUGACCAUGCAGAAGGAGGAGAUGAAAAUCAGCCACACAAUUCGGCUCACAACUCAGCCUCUACUGCUAACCAAGACGUAAUUGCAACUCAGCUCAUUGCCAUGCAACAACAGUUUGGUGUCUUUCAGCUAGUGCUGGCUCAGCUAUUAGCCCGGAACAAUCUUGGUGAUCCACUCAUCAACCUACUUAAUCCUGCUCCACAACCCCCAGCUCCACAACAAAAUCCUGAGCCAGUUCAGCAUGCUCCCGCUAUUAGUGAAUCUCAGGGCCAAUCUCACAUCGCACCAGUUCAGCAACCCCUUCAUGAUGAUGUCACUCGAUGUCUAGACAGCUUGGAAAAGCUAGUGGCUGAACAGCGAGGUGCCCCACCUCCACACCAUGCUGCUGACUCCAUACCCCAUCCUUUGAACAUUAACAUUACAUUGGAACCUUACCCCACUGGCUUCAGGAUACCACAACUCGAAACCUAUGAUGGGACGAAGGACCCCGAUGACCAUCUCCAUGCUUUUUACUCUUGCAUGCAAGCCCAGAACGCCUCUGAUACGUUGAUGUGCAAAAUCUUUCCCUCUACUCUCCGAGGUAAUGCUCGAACCUGGUACUACAGUCUACCUCCGAGGUCAAUCAGCUCUUAUACAGAAAUGACAUCUGCUUUUGCCAUAAAGUUUUCCAGUAGAAGAUUCAAUGAUGCAGUACUGGAGGUUAACUCCUUUGACAAGGCUGUGGGAAUUACAGCUGUGAUCUCAGGUCUUAGCCAUGAGAGAUUCAGAGAUAGUCUGCUUAAACAUCCUGCCACCACCUUCAGUGAGAUUAAGAAUAAGAUGGACUUAAGGCGUUCGGGUCCAAUGAGAACUGCUGCUGCUACCAGAGAUCACACUAGAGAGUUGAACAGCCAAGGUUUGUCAGAGAAUAGGGGCCACAGCAUCAAGGAGUCCGCAAUCCCCCAAACAGGCAAGGGCUUGGAAGCGGGAGGGCUGAGCUCCAAACAGAGAAAGUUGUAUGUCAGAGAGGUUAAGCAUCCAAAUCGAGCUCAGAAAUGGAAGUUUGACGAUGCUGACUGGAAGAAUCAACCUAUCACUUUCACAUCUGUUGAUUUUGACACAGUUGUUACACCCCACAAUGAUCCUCUGGUCACUUCUGUCUUGAUUAACAACUGUGAAGUACAACGUGUCCUUGUUGACACCGGGAGUGCACCAGACAUCAUGUACUUCCACUGUUUUGAGAGUUUUGAACUAGAUCUGGCAUUAUUGCAGAAAUAUGAUGGUCCCAUCUAUGGUUUCAAUAACCAGCCAGUUCCAAUUGAAGGUGUCCUAACCAUGAAUGUUGCAUUUGGGAGUGGCCGAACCUCUGUGACUCCUUCUGUUCGGUUUCUAGUAGUCAAGAUGGCAUCCUCCUUCAACGUUGUUAUUGGCCGACCCACACUGACUGACAUCCGAGCCGUGGUUUCCCAGUCUCACCUCUGCAUGAAGUUCCCCACUCCCAUGGGAAUAGCAACACUGCAAGGUAACCAGGAGGUAGCCCGGCAUUGCUACAUCACCUCGGUAACACAACCUAAGAAGGGCAAAAAUCAAAUACCUGAAGCCGUUCCCCAACAGAUUUUUGACAAUCAGCAAGUCAUGGGUGUUGAGAUCAUAGAUAACCGACCGGAAGAUGAAACCAGAGCUGCCCCAGUUGAGGAUGUUGAAGAGGUGCACAUUGAUGACAGAGAUCCGAGCCGAAAAACGCAAAUUGGAACUAAGUUGAACCCGGAGGAAAGAGCAGAGCUAAUAGCUUUCCUUCGAGCCAACAAAGAUGUUUUUGCAUGGACUUCAGCAGAUAUGCCGGGAAUUCCCACUUCAGUUUCUCAACAUAAACUCAGCACCAAUCCACUCAAGAAACCAGUAGCCCAAAAGCGGCGCCUCUUUGGGGGGGAGAGGCUACAAGUCAUUAAAGAAGAAGUUGAGAAACUCCUACAAGCUGGUUUUGUCAGAAGGGUUGAUAACUGUGAGUGGGUCGCCAACCCUGUGUUGGUGCAAAAAGCAAACGGUAAAUGGCAGAUGUGCAUCGAUUACACUAACCUCAACGACGCAUGUCCAAAAGACUGUUACCCAAUGCCAAACAUUGACAAGCUGGUUGAGGCAGCUUCUGGAAACGAGAGAUUAAGUCUCUUGGAUGCAUACUCUGGCUACCACCAGGUUCCAAUGGCUCCUGAGGAUGAAGAUAAAACCUCGUUCUAUGCUGGCGAUGAAAUCUAUUGCUGUGUAAUGAUGUCCUUCGGCUUGAAGAACGCAGGUGCCACUUACCAGAAGAUGGUUACCAUCGUAUUCCGAGCUCAAAUAGGCCGGAAUCUGGAGGUAUAUGUUGAUGAUAUAGUGGUGAAAAGUUUGAAAGCUGGAGAUCACUUAACCGACCUCGAGGAGACAUUCAACAACCUUAGAAAGAACAGGAUGAGGUUACAUCCAACAAAGUGUAUUUUCGGUGUGGAGUCGGGAAAGUUUCUAGGCUUCAUGGUGUUUAGAAGAGGGAUUGAGGUCAACCUUGAGAAGAUCAAAGCAGUAGCUGAGAUGGAACCACCAAAGUCAGUGAAAGAUGUGCAAAGGUUGACAGGGAGAGUAGCAGCUCUUCAUAGAUUCAUUUCGAAAUCAGCAGAUAAAUGCCUGUCGUUCUUCAAGAUUAUGAGAUUGGCAGCUCAGAAGGAUGAAUCUGGCAAACAAAAGAAGUUUGCAUGGAAUUCAAAAUGUCAAGCUGCAUUUGAUGAGCUGAAGUCUUAUCUUAGCUCACCUCCUUUGCUGACAAAGGCUGAUGAUGGAGAAAUCUUUUACUUGUACCUCGGCAUAUCAGAUGAGGCUAUUAGUUCUGUGUUAGUAAGGGAAGAGGGAAAGCAACAAAAACCAGUUUACUACAUCAGUAGCGUGUUACAUGGAGCUGAAGUCAGAUAUUCCAUUGCUGAGAAAGCAGCCUUAGCAGUUGUCACUUCGGUUAGGAAACUGAGACCGUAUUUCCAAUCACACCCAAUCAUAGUCCUCACAGACCAGCCCCUCAGACAAAUUUUGCAGAAGCCAGAAUGUUCGGGGAGAUUGAUCAAAUGGGCAGUUGAACUAGGAGAAUUCGAGAUCACAUUUCAGCAGAGGUCAGCAAUCCGAGCUCAGGCUCUUGCCGAUUUCAUAGUAGAAUGCACCUCGGCUCACUUUGAUUCUCAGUCCAAGGUGGACAGUUGGAUUCUGUAUGUUGACGGCGCAUCCAGUAACAAAGGUUCUGGCGCUGGUGCAAUCCUACUUGGCCCAGAUGGGUACCGAAGCGAACACGCUCUAAAAUUUAAUUUUGAUGCCACUAACAAUAUGGCCGAGUACGAAGCCCUGUUACUCAGCUUACAACUGGCGACAGAACUGAAGGUUGAAGCGAUACAAAUAUACAGUGAUUCACAGCUAGUAGUUAAUCAAGUCAACUCAGUUUGUGAGGUGGCUGAUCCUGUUAUGAUGAAGUAUGCAACUCUGGUGGCCGAACUGAAAUCCAAAUUCCAGAAAUUCCAUUUAAGCAAAAUAUCUCGAGCUGAAAAUGAGGAAGCAGACCCCCUCUCCAAGUUUGCUUCUGAUGGCAACCAAAGCUCCAGAUCGGUCUUUGUCAAAAUUCUGGACGAGCCUAGCUUCUUGAAGCCACAAAUGAUGGAGGUCAGCACAGAUCCUAGCUCAUCGAGCUGGAUAGAUCCAAUUAUCUCGUUUUUACAAGAUGGCAUAGUGCCUGCGGAUAAACAGGAAGAGAUGAGGUUAAGGAAGAAGGCAUGUUGGUACACUCUUGUUAAUGAUGUCCUUUACAAGAGAUCUUUCUCACUCCCUCUGCUCCGCUGCCUAACCCCUUAUGAGGCUGAAUACGCACUUCAGGAGGUGCAUGAGGGUGUCUGUGGAAGUCACGUAGGUGCUCGAACUUUGGCCCAUAAAGUCCUUAGACAAGGUUAUUAUUGGCCCAACAUGUAUGAGGAUGCCAUCCAGUUCGUACAGAGGUGUCAAAAAUGUCAGUUCUUCGCACAUCUAAUCCACCGGCCUGCAGAAGAGCUCACUACUCUAGUAGCACCUUGGCCAUUUGUUCAGUGGGGUCUUGACCUUUUAGGUCCAUUUAUGAAGGGGGUAGGAGGUGUAACCCAUCUCAUCGUUGGUGUGGACUAUUUCACAAAAUGGGUUGAAGCUCGGGCACUAUCCAGUAUUACCUCCAAGAAGGUUGAAGACUUUGUUUUCAGCUCGAUUAUUUGCAAAUAUGGGAUCCCGAGUCAGAUUGUAGUUGACAACGGAACUCAAUUCAAUUGCUCCUCAUUCCGGGAUUUUUGUUCCAGCUAUGGGAUCAAACUGCAGUUCACCUUGGUUUACCAUCUAGAGUCCAACGGCAUGGUCGAAUCUGUUAACAAAUGCAUCUUAGAAGGUAUAAAGCCGAGAUUGGAACAGCACAAGGCCAAAUGGGCAGACGAGCUCAACAACGUCCUCUGGGCAUACAGAACCACGAGCCGAACUGCCACAGGGUCACCCAUUUCGAUGAAGGACGAAAUGGACAACUGCUUCGGGAGACUUGAUCUGCUUGAUGAAGUCAGAGAAGAAGCACGACUUCGAACUCUAGUCUACAAGCAGAAAGUAGCAAACUUCUACAACAAACGAGUUCGACCCCGAACUUUCAAAGUAGGAGACCUUGUUCUCAGGAAAGCUGGUCUAACGGGGUUCGAAACUCGAUUUGGAAAGUUAGCACCAAACUGGGAAGGUCCCUACACUGUAGCCAAAGUGCCCCACCCAGGUGCUUAUAUCCUACGGGACAUUGAAGGCAAAAGUGUUCCUAGAGUCUGGAAUGUCAAUAACUUGAAGAAAUUUUGCCCUUAAUACACUUCUUUCCAGUAAACUUUGUUUUAUUUU